AUGUUUGUCUAUGGGUGCUGGGAUGUGAAGAGAUAUGGUGUUGGGAUGCGCCGCGCCCCACUCAAUGUGGCUUAUCGACGCGCAUGUAGACGCAUUGUCAUCUGCACAAUCUCUGUUAUCAGUAUCAAUUUCUUUAGUUCUAUUAUAAUUAUGUUAUUAUCAAUUAUAUCAAUAAUCCUCAAUUACUUUAGACCUGUCACUGCAACAGAACCAGAUACUGGCCCAAUUGUCUUCAACUCAACUGAUUGGAGUAAAUACGGCUAUCCAAUCCUUAAUCGACCCGUCGAGUAUCCAUAUAUGUUCGAAUUAUUUGAUGGAUCCAAGGUAGUGAUUUAUGAGUCAGGUCCUUCAAAUAUUAAUGUAGGCGACUUGUUAUUAAUACAAACGAAUGGGGCUCAGUACAAGGUCAAUAAUGAAUGGUAUCUAGUUGGAGCAGUGGGUCCAGAUGGAAAGUAUUUCAAGAUAUCAAAUGAAUAA